CGGAUUUCCGGCUAGCGCGUGGAAAGUGCGGGUUCCGGGCUUCCGGGUGGGCGUGCAGGGCAGGCGAGCACUUAGUGGCCCGCGGGGCAGCCCGAGGACAGGGCCAUGGAGAAGCUGCGGCGGGUCCUGAGCGGGGAGGACGACGAGGAGCAAGGCUUGACGUCGCAGGUCCUGGACGCCUCAUCCCUUAGCUUCAACACCAGAUUGAAGUGGUUCGUCAUAUGCUUUGUUGCUGGCAUUUUCUUUUCAAUCCUUGGAACUGGUUUGCUGUGGCUUCCCAAUGGCAUAAAACUCUUUGCAGUAUUUUACACCCUUGGCAACCUUGCUGCGCUGGCCAGUACGUGCUUCUUAAUGGGACCCGUGAAGCAGCUGAAGAAAAUGUUUGAAACGACAAGACUGCUUGCCACAAUUAUUAUGCUUCUCUGCUUCGUGUGUACCCUGUGCGCUGCUCUGUGGUGGCGGAAGAAGGGGCUGGCCUUACUCUUCUGCAUAUUGCAGUUCCUGUCGAUGACCUGGUACAGUCUGUCCUACAUCCCAUAUGCAAGGGACGCGGUGCUCAAGUGCUGCUCCUCGAUCUUCAGUUGAAAGUUGCAUCUGCUCAGCCGGCAGAAGUGCUUAGGAAUGGUGCUGAUGUUGUGCCUACACAGUGAUCACUCCAGAGACGGCGGCAGCCUCAGACCAUGCCCUGUACUGGUGAACUGCGCUUGCAUAGCCCUCAUUCCCUGCCAUUAACCUGUUCUUCCAGAGACAAGGAGAUAAUAAUCAUUGCCACUUGUAAAUAAUCUUGCUCAGUUUUUAAUCUUCACAGACAGCUUUUGAAAUGUGAAUAUUUAAGGUAUAAACCUGUGUUGUAAGAUAUAUCCAGCUUAUUUGGCUUUUUAGAUGGUCUACAAUUUAAAAUUUUUUUUAACUUUAAAAAUGUGAAAUUUUAUAUACUUUAAGCUUAAAAUUACUUAUUACAUGUAAUAAAAAGUAAUAUAUGUAUCUUUACGGUUUGAAAUAAACCUGCUCCUACAAAUGUA